GAUAUUAUUGUCUAUAUAGUCUAAAUCUUCUUUAUUGAAAAGAAAAGAAAAGAAAAGAUACGUGAUUGCUUUGAGAGAUACUUUAAUUCAGCCAACUCAUAAAUUCAUUUCUUAUUUUUCCUAUCUAACUGAGUUUUCAUUUAUUUUCCUUUCUUCUCUAUGACAAUUAUGAUGCAAAUGCAAGUCAACUUGUAUGUACAGGUAGGUACUUUUGAAGGUCUUUUUUUUUUCUUCCUACUUGGUUGGUUAUUUUCUCUAGUGGUAUGUUACUUUUUUUCUUUAUUCCCUUUCUUUUCUUUUGUAAAGAUACCGUUUUAUUUAGAUAAAAUAUUUGAUUAUUUAAAUUAUCCUGCUAUGAUGUUUUCUUUAUGUACUUAUUGCCACUAUCUAUUGUUGUGAUGAUUUGAUAAAGAU